AUGGAAGGCGCCUUUACUCAUGUAGGGAACCAUCUUAUAUCUGACUCAGCCGCUGCCAUUAAGGCUGGCGCGGAUGACUUGUCUGCACUCGAUCCUGACGAGAGCUUGCUCUAUGGCAAGUACGAAGGCGGUCGUGGCGGGCGUCGUCGCGCCGAUGACGACGAUAACCAGACCGAGGCUUUCGAGGAAGAUGAAAAUGACAGUCUCAACAGCGUUCCCGUAGAGGGUAUGAGUGGCCUUAAACUCAAGGCCGUGGACGAAGAGAAGGAGCUUCCUCCUCACGCUUGCGCGUAUUGUGGCAUUCACUCUCCGGCCUGCGUCGUCAAAUGCCUUACUUGCAACAAGUGGUUUUGCAGCGCGAAAGGUAAUGGCACGUCGACCCAUAUCGUGAAUCAUCUGGUCCGAGCGAGACAUAAGGAGGUUCAGCUGCAUCCCGACUCGACACUGGGGGAUACGGUUUUGGAAUGCUACAACUGUGGCACAAAAAAUGCCUUCUUGCUAGGCUUUAUUCCAGCCAAAUCGGACACCGUAGUUGUUCUUUUGUGCCGCCAGCCGUGCGCAUCUAGCACUUCGACCAAGGAUAUGAACUGGGAUAUUUCCCGAUGGGAGCCUCUUAUCGAGGAGCGAGCAUUUCUCACUUGGCUUGUUAAUGCCCCAUCCGAUGUUGAGCAGCUUCGUGCUCGCCAUCUCUCGCCCAACACGAUUGCCAAACUGGAGGAGAUGUGGAAAGUCCAACCCUCCGCAACUGUUGCAAGCUUGUCGAUAGCAUCCAACAUUGAUGACGAUCCGGACCCAGUCCUGUUACGAUACGACGACCCAUACCACUAUCAAAAUAUCUUUGGGCCUCUGGUCAAGAUGGAGUCUGACUAUGACAAGAAACUGAAGGAAGCGCAAUCCGAAGACGGUCUAAUCGUUCGAUGGGACUACGGCCUCAACAACAAGCAUCUCGUGAGCUUUAAUCUACACAAGAUUGAAUCCGGAGAUGUCAAGCUCGCGGUUGGUGAUGAAAUGAGGCUUCGAUAUAAUGGUGAGCUUCGGGAGCCGUGGGAAGGUGUUGGUUAUGUCAUCAAGAUCCCAAACAGCCAGUCCGAUGAAGUUGGCUUAGAAUUGCGCAAGACUGGAAACGACAAGCUCGUGCCUACCGAUCUAUCUCAUAAUUUUUCUGCGGAUUAUGUCUGGAAGGCAACGUCAUAUGAUCGCAUGCAGUUGGCCAUGAAGACGUUUGCUGUCGAUGACAUGAGUGUUUCUGGCUACAUCUUCCACACCCUUUUGGGCCACGAGGUUCAGCUUCAGCCGGUGCAGUCGAGGCUACCUAGAAAGUGGUCUGUUCCUGGGCUUCCUGAACUCAACCAAAGUCAAAUCGACGCCAUCAAGUCUGUCCUGCAGAAGCCGUUGAGUCUUAUUCAAGGACCCCCCGGGACCGGAAAGACGGUGACAUCCGCAACUAUCAUUUAUCAUCUUGCCAAGAUGAGCGGCAACCAAGUACUCGUCUGUGCACCAUCCAACGUCGCUGUUGACCAGCUUUGCGAACGGAUUCACAAUACUAACCUGAAGGUCGUCCGACUUACGGCCAAGUCGAGAGAGGAUGUCGAGUCCUCUGUCAGCUUCCUGGCCUUGCACGAGCAGGUUAGAUUGUCGGAGCAUAACAGCGAGCUCGUCAAGCUCUCACAGCUCAAGAAUGACGUUGGAGAACUUUCAAGCCAAGAUGAGAAAAAGUUUAAGCAGCUCACGAAAGCGGCCGAGCGAGAAAUUCUCAACAAUGCCGACGUUGUUUGCUGCACCUGUGUUGGUGCAGGCGACCCUCGCUUGUCCAAGAUGAAGUUUCGAAAUGUGCUCAUCGAUGAGUCUACACAGUCUGCGGAGCCUGAGUGUAUGAUUCCAUUGGUUCUUGGCUGCAAGCAAGUUGUUCUUGUUGGGGACCAUAAGCAGCUUGGACCUGUCAUUAUGAACAAGAAGGCUGCAAAAGCUGGUCUUAACCAGUCUCUGUUUGAGCGAUUGAUCAAACUCCAGCUUGCACCCAUUCGACUGACUACGCAGUACCGAAUGCACCCAUGUCUUUCAGAGUUCCCUUCAAAUAUGUUCUACGACGGUAGCUUGCAAAACGGCAUCACUCAUGAGCAACGUCUGCGAAGGGAUGUAGAAUUCCCUUGGCCUAUUGCAGAAACCCCCAUGAUGUUCUGGUCGAAUCUCGGCAACGAGGAAAUUUCCACCUCGGGAACCUCCUAUCUCAACCGCACCGAAGCUUCCAAUGUGGAAAAGACCGUGACUCGAUUCUUCAAAGCUGGUGUCAAGCCAUCGGAGAUUGGUGUCAUUACUCCGUAUGAAGGCCAGAGAAGUUAUAUUGUUACUACCAUGCAGAAUUCGGGUUCAUUCAAGAAGGAAUACUACAAGGAGGUUGAAGUCGCGUCUGUCGACGCAUUCCAAGGUCGCGAGAAGGAUUUCAUUGUCCUCUCGUGUGUUCGUUCCAACGAGAACCAGGGCAUCGGUUUCUUGUCAGACCCUCGCCGUCUGAAUGUUGCACUUACCCGAGCCAAGUAUGGCCUGGUAAUUCUGGGCAACCCCAAGGUGCUUUCGAAACACGAGCUUUGGCACAAUCUGCUUGUACACUUCAAGGAUCGCAAGUGCUUCGUCGAGGGCCCUCUCACAAAUCUUCAAGCCUGUCUAUUGCAGUUUAGCCGACCCAAGGUCAGCUUCCGUCAGAAGAACAACUAUCAGUCUCAGUACGGCGCUGGUGGAUACACCAAUGGACGCUUCAACGGCAGCGCAACUCCAGGCCGGGACUUUGACUCUGGAUCUAUGAUGUCGUACAUCCCUGAUGAUGUGUCCUCGAUCCAAGGCUCCGCUUUUGGGGGUGCUGCUCUCAACUCUGCGUUCCCUCCCAUGUUUUCCAGCUUCACACCAGAACAGUGGCCUGGGCUGCCAGGAGUGCCUGGCCGAGGUAACAAAGGACGCAGCCGCGCAACGGAGAGCAUCGCUGGCGAGAGCGUUGCGAACUCGGAACUUACAGACACGACCACCAGCGUUAUUGGGGGUAAGGGGGUCAGUCAAGGCGGUGUCAGCUUGGGAUCUGGGUUGCAUGAUGCAGUCACGGGAAUGCGGCCGGUCUCAUAUACGCAAAGCGACAGACUCAAGCAAUAUGUCGAGAGCAAUGGCCGGAUAGCACCGGGCAGCGGCUUUGGCAGACGAUACGACGACGACGAGAAGAGCGUCAGCACUGCCUUUCAUAGUCAGAUUGGCGGCGGCUACGACUGA